CCUUGUUAAAUGAAACAUGCUUGACUGGGAUGAGGUUUCACUAUAACUGUAAAAGUGUGUAAAACAAGACAACAGACACACUAUUAUCUUUCUUUUCACACGUUCCACAGUCACGCCAGUGCGGCGGAAGUGCACGCGCACACCGGAAAUGGCAAGUAGGCUACACCAAUCAUCACCCAUGAGCAACCUGAAGAUAGAUGUCUUGGUCAAAAGCUCAAACGUGAUAAUUCAUCUCUUGACAUUUGGACAAACAACCUUUUGAUGCCAGUGCACAGUGUUUGUAAAGCCCACCCAUCGAGGGAGGCAGUGCGUCGCGAGGGCGCGCGGAAUAAAUGCUCGCGCACCGGAGCCGCAGGAGCGCAGAACGGCUUCACACGCGCGCUGCGUGUUUAUACAGCGAGACGCGCGCGGACAUGUCACGCACCUUCACAAGAAAACUCUGACUCGUGCAUCGGAGUAUUGACAAGAGGAUAAUAAAGAGGUUUUAGUCAUUAUUUACAGAUUUCUAAAGAGAAAAGAUCGACGGUGACGCACAGUACGACACAAUGCAGGAAUCUGAGCCCAGCGUGUGUCAGCUGCAGCCCAACAUCAUCUCCGUCCGUCUCUUCAAGAGGCAAAUCGGUGGGCUGGGCUUUCUGGUCAAACAGCGGGUGUGCAAACCUCCCAUCAUAAUCUCUGACCUCAUUCGGGGCGGGGCCGCUGAAGAAUGCGGGCUGGUCCAAGUCGGCGACAUCAUCCUGGCCGUUAACAACAAACCUGUGGUAGAUAUGAGCUACGAGCUGGCACUAGAAACCCUGAAGAACGUGUCACCAGAAACUCACGCCGUGCUGAUACUCCGAGGACCCGAGGGCUUCACCACUCACCUGGAGACCACGCUCAGCGGAGACGGAAAACCCAAGACGGUUCGGGUCACCAGGCCACUCAUCCCCGCUCCGUGUAGGCCCUGCGAACGAUGCUCCCCCCUCACACCCAACAUGACCAAAGAGCUCCGAGCUAUCGAGAACCUGUCCUCCGACUCCUCUACCAAAAAACCUCUGAUUCCACUGCUGGCCCAGGACUCUUUGCUCAGAGAAGGAGGCCAUUCCACCCUUCUCCUUAAUGGGGUGGAGGACAACGACCUGUUGAAGGAGAUCGAGCCUGUUCUGAAACUCAUCAAGAACAGCAAAAGAGAGAUGAAUGGAGAAGGUCAGAGAGUCGUAGAGAGGAAGGAUGCAGAGGUGCAAGUGGAAAGAGACCUUGGUGUGGAAAAUGGACAGAACGCCCAGCUGGCGUCGGAUAACGACAGAGUGUUUGAUGACCUCUGGAGAAAGGACAACAUGCCUACAGUGCUAAACAACCCUUACUCUGAAAGUGACAAGCCACAAGCCCAAGGAGUUUCCCCCACUAAGACUUUGCAGAAUGGAAGUCCAUCUAAAUGUCCGAGAUUCAUGAAGGUGAAAAAUGUGGAAACCGGAGCCGUGUACAAUGACACACUACAUAACAACUCCAGCAAGGUGCCCAUCUGCACCGAGCGUGUUUGUAUAGGGUCUAUUAUGGUGCCAAAUCAGCAGAGCCGCAAGCCAGAUGAAGUCCGAACGAAAGAGGACCUGCUUCCGCUCGCUACAGAUUUCAUUGACCAGUACUACACAUCAAUCAAAAGAUGUGGCUCCAAGGCCCACGUUGACCGAUUGGAGGAGGUCAAAAAAGAGAUCGAAAUUUCAGGAACGUAUCAGUUGAAGGACAACGAGCUGAUCUAUGGUGCCAAACACGCGUGGAGAAAUGCAGCUCGCUGUGUGGGACGCAUCCAGUGGUCCAAACUACAGGUUUUCGACGCCCGAGACUGCACGACCGCUCACGGGAUGUUUAAUUACAUCUGCAACCACAUCAAAUACGCCACCAACAAAGGAAACCUCAGAUCGGCAAUCACCAUCUUCCCCCAGAGGACUGAUGGGAAACGCGAUUUCCGCGUGUGGAACAGUCAGCUGAUUCGGUAUGCCGGCUACAAGCAGCCUGAUGGAUCCAUACUCGGAGAUCCGGCCUCAGUAGAGCUAACAGAGAUCUGUAUUCAGCAAGGAUGGAAAGCUCCAAAAGGUCGCUUUGACGUUCUGCCGCUUCUUCUCCAAGCCAACGGACACGAUCCCGAACUCUUUGAGAUUCCAGAUGAUCUUGUGCUUGAGGUUCCCAUCGAACAUCCAAAGUUCGACUGGUUUAAGAAGCUGAAUCUAAAGUGGUACGGUCUUCCUGCUGUGUCUAACAUGCUGCUGGAGAUCGGUGGGCUGGAGUUUACUGCCUGUCCCUUCAGUGGAUGGUACAUGGGCACUGAGAUCGGCGUCAGGGACUUCUGCGACAGCUCACGUUACAACAUACUGGAGGAAGUAGCCACAAUGAUGGGGCUGGACACGAGGAAGACAUCCUCCCUGUGGAAAGACCAGGCACUGGUAGAGAUCAACAUCGCAGUUUUGUACAGCUUUCAGAUAUCAAAGGUUACUAUCGUAGACCAUCACUCAGCCACCGAGUCCUUCAUGAAACACAUGGAGAAUGAGUACAGGGUGAGAGGCGGUUGCCCGGGCGAUUGGGUGUGGAUAGUCCCACCCAUGUCGGGAAGCAUUACACCUGUAUUUCAUCAGGAAAUGCUCAACUAUCGCCUUACGCCCUCCUUUGAGUACCAGCCUGACCCUUGGAACACACAUGUGUGGAAAGGGGUGAAUGGAACGCCCACUAAAAAGAGAGCGAUCGGCUUUAAGAAACUUGCCAAGGCUGUGAAAUUCUCGGCCAAACUCAUGGGACAAGCCAUGGCUAAAAGAGUGAAAGCGACCAUCCUGUUCGCCACAGAAACCGGAAAAUCGCAGGAUUACGCUAAAACGCUCUGUGAGAUUUUCAAGCAUGCGUUCGAUGCAAAGGUGAUGUCUAUGGAUGAAUAUGACACUGUUGAUCUUGAACACGAGACCCUUGUGUUAGUGGUAACCAGUACGUUCGGCAACGGCGAUCCGCCUGAAAAUGGAGAGAAAUUUGGUGCAGCGCUGAUGGAAAUGCGACAUCCUACAACAAGUGUGGAGGACAGAAAGACGUACAAGGUGCGUUUUAACAGCGUCUCUUCGUACUCCGAUACUCGCAAAUCUUCCAGCGAUGAACCCGAACCCAAAGCUAACUUUGAGAGCACCGGACCCCUUGCCAAUGUCAGAUUCUCAGUAUUUGGCCUUGGCUCACGGGCAUACCCACACUUCUGUGCAUUUGCCCACGCAGUGGACACGCUAUUCGAAGAGCUUGGUGGGGAACGAAUCCUCCGCAUGGGCGAAGGAGACGAACUCUGCGGCCAGGAGGAAUCUUUCAGAACGUGGGCCAGAAAGGUCUUCAAGGCUGCAUGUGACGUUUUCUGUGUCGGCGAUGACGUUAACAUCGAGAAAGCGAACGAUUCCCUCAUUAGCAACGAUCGGAGCUGGAAGAAAAGCAAAUUCCGGAUGACAUACACAGCGGAGGCACCGACGCUAACACAAGCGCUCUACAGCAUCCAUAAGAAGAAAGUUUACGGGGCCAAAUUUCUGCAGAGACAGAACCUGCAAAGUGCCAAGUCUAACCGAUUGACCAUAUUUAUUCGACUUGACGCCAACAACAACGAGAGCUUGAAAUACUUGCCCGGCGACCAUUUAGGCGUUUUCCCUGGCAACAAUGAAGAUCUGGUCACGACUCUUAUUGACAAACUGGAAGACGCGCCACCUGUCAAUCAAAUCGUGAAGGUGGAGUUUCUAGAGGAGAGAAACACGGCAUUGGGUAUGAUCAGUAACUGGACUGAUGAGAGUCGUAUCCCACCCUGUACCAUCCAUCAGGCAUUCAAAUACUUUUUGGACAUAACCACGCCGCCCAGUCCUGUACUGCUGCAACAGUUUGCUCCUUUAGCUACCAAUGAGAAACAAAGAAAAAGACUUGAGGUGCUCAGCAAGGGUUUGCAAGAGUAUGAGGAGUGGAAGUGGUGCAAUAAUCCCACUAUAGUGGAGGUGUUUGAGGAGUUUCCAUCCCUUCAGAUCCCCUCCACCCUUCUUCUGACGCAGCUCCCCCUCCUACAGCCACGAUAUUACUCCAUCAGCUCCUCUCCAGACCUUUAUCCAGGAGAGAUUCACCUCACAGUGGCUGUAGUGUCCUACCGCACCAGAGAUGGCGUGGGUCCCAUCCAUCAUGGAGUGUGUUCAUCGUGGCUCAACAGUCUGGAAACUGAAGAUACUGUGCCCUGCUUUGUCCGAGGGGCUCCCUCGUUCCGAAUGCCAAAAGACAGCCAGGUUCCCUGCAUUCUGAUUGGCCCGGGCACAGGAAUCGCUCCGUUCAGAAGCUUCUGGCAACAGAGACUGUACGAUAUUGAAAAUAAAGGAAUCAAAGCGUGCCCUAUGAUCUUGGUUUUCGGAUGUCGGCAGUCCCAGAUUGACCACAUUUACAAGGAAGAGACCAUCCAGGCCAAAAACAAGGACGUGUUUAAAGAGCUUUACACGGCGUACUCCAGAGAACCUGGAAGACCAAAGAAAUAUCUUCAGGACGUUCUCCGUGAGCAGCUCUCCGAAACGGUGUACAAAUAUCUCCGAGAGGAAGGAGGACAUAUCUACGUCUGUGGGGACGUCACUAUGGCUGGAGACGUACUGAAAACAGUCCAACAGAUCUUUAAACUGCAUGGCAACAUGUCCCUGGAGGACGCUGGCUUCUAUAUCAGCAAACUGAGGGAUGAGAAUCGAUACCACGAGGACAUCUUCGGUGUCACUCUGCGCACCUACGAGGUCACCAACCGCCUAAGGUCCGAAUCUAUCGCGUACAAUGAAGAAAGCAAGAAAGAUAUCGAUGAGGUGUUUUGUUCAUAGUCUCAUUCGCGUCCAUCUUGCUGAUUUUUGCUCAGAUACUCCAAUGAGAAGUGCGAUGGGACGCCCACCACGAAUUCAAAAACUGUGCCAAGUUUGUCUUUACAACCGUUUUCUCAUUUUCUUUGUUGGUCUCAUUUCUUUACACAGUCAUCAUUUAUGCAUUUCUUUGAUCAAAGUCUGCAUUAUUGAGAGCUUUCACUUGAAUUUCUGAAUGCACUUUACGUGUUAUGCCUUUGUCCUCUUUGCGGGCCUGUGUGCGUUCUGACCUGGCCUAAAUUAGUUUUCGGAAGCGCAAACGUGAAGUUGAAAAAGAGCUGGGAAGUAAUCUAAAAAACUAAAUUAUUAAUGUCUCUGUACACAAGUCCUUGUUCACACAUUUACACGUGCGUUCUCACUAAAGGUGGCACGUGACAUUUCUGCCAGAAUUACAAAUAUAAGCGAACACUCAGUCUGUGUACCAUUGGUCAGAGUAUCUCACAGUCCCGCCUCAAACGUUACACAAUCAGCUUUUGGACUUUUUCACAUUUCAUGUGAAUGACUGAAAAUCGGUCAACAUGUCCCAGCAUGCCUGAGUGAAACGUUUGUACAACCUCAUGCUUUGUAUAUUAUUGCUGCUAAUUGCCAGCACGAUGGUAACCAUACAUCUGAACGUGUGCUAAGAUGUGGUUGGGAAUCCCUUAAGGCUUGAUGUAAAUAUAUGUCUUGUGUACAACCAACCCUUAAUAGGGAAUAAAAAUAAUGGAAUAUAAGAAAUACUAAGUUAGUGAUUUUCAUGAUAAAGCAUUUCAAUCUGUCUAAAUGACACAAUGUCACAACACAAAACCAACAUGAGCAGUCUAGAAGUGCUAAAUAUUUAAUUUAUGUAUAAGUCCCCUGUAGCCCAUCUUUGUAUCUCUUGGUUGCUAUCAAAGUGAUAAAAACAGCUGUCUGUACAGUAUGCAGUGUUGGGGGUAACGCAUUACAAGUAACGUGCAUUACGUAAUAAUAUUACUUUUCUGAAGUAAUGAGUAAAGUAACGCAUUACUUUUUAAAUGUACACAUUUAUAUUUGAGUUACUUUUCAAGUAAUGCAAGUUACUUUUUUAAUUUAAUUAAUUAGAUAAAAAAAUGUACUGAAUUAAACUAAACGUAGUCACAUUAUGCACUCUAUGCGUACAUGCUGUGUGGGAACAGUUUGAGUCAAAAACUGAGAUGGUAGCCCAGCGCUCGACAUUUUUGUGAUGAAAUCUGCAAUUUCUGAAUGCAGAACUUUUCAGAUAUAAAAACACCUGCAAGGCCUAAAAGAGAUCAAGCCUCAGCCAAGAAAAAGUAACGCAAAAGUAACUAAAAAGUAACGCAAUUAGUUACUUUUUGGGGGAGUAACUUAAUAUUGUAAUGCAUUACUUUUAAAAGUAAUUUUCCUCAACACUGACAGUAUGUAUGGCAGCCGAAAGCUUUUAGAUUACAGCUCUGGUGACUUCACGUACAAACACUAGUUGCGUUUCCAUUAAAGGUUUGCGCAAAACUGUAGCGUUAUUUUUUAAAUGUCGACAAAAACGUUUGCGAAAUGAUGGACGUUUUCAUUAACCGAUGUUAUGUGACUAAAACGUAAUUUUGUGGUUUUGCUAUAAGUCAUUACAAAAACCUUUGCGACAGGUGUGUUCGAGUUCAUAUGUUACCACGCAGAACGACAUGAAGAUGACAAAAUACAGCGAAAGCGACUCGAAAACAUACAAAGCAGUUGACUCGCAAAUCGCUCUCGUAGUAUUUUGAUGUCAUGCACUUGACGGUUCUUAUGAUGCCACAUGAAGUCAAACACAACUCUUCUGUCUCAUAAGAAUGAUCAUGUGACUGUUACGCAUGUCAGGUGUACACUACAUUCAGACACGACUGUCAGAGUUUGCCCCCUAGUGGCAGUCGUAAAAAAGUUUGUUUAAUCGUAACAUGGGAGAGAAACUCAUUCCGCAAGGCUUCAUUAUAAUAUUCACCAUAGUGGAAUAAAUAAAUAAAUGCAAAUAAUUAAAACAAUAAAACGCUCAAAACGGAAUACGAAAAUUACGCAUGCGCAGAUGAUCGUCACCUCACGCAGCCCCUUUGCGACUCUUCAUAGGAAAUAAAUGACUUCUGGUUUAUCAGCUGUCAUUUUUCGUGUACAGUGGAAAGUUGGCUUAAAUGUGGAAAUGUUUCCAUUGCAGUUUUGCGAUAUAUAUUUUUUGCGCAAUUUGUAGGUUAAUGGAAACGCAGCUACUGCCAUAAUAACCAGAAAACACGGGAAAAAAUCUCAAUUUGGGUUAUCAAGAACAAGGAAAGACAUUGGGGGAUCAAACGAUAUGAGAAUGAACAAAUAAUGACAAAGUUUCAAUUUUUGGGUGAACUAUCGCUUUAAUUAUAAUAAAUUACAAUGCGCAAGGGGUGAAUCUCACUAUAGGGUAAUAUUUCUGUGUUCUGGAAUUGAUGCUAUUCAUCAAUAUGCAUUUAAAUUAAAAUGAUGUUUGGGGAAUCUGUACAAGUUACAAAAAUCCUUCUGGCAAGUUUUUGGGCUCCCAGGCAGCAGUCUUUCAUGAAUCGUCCUUGAAUUGCUGAACCUCAGUAUCCAGGAUGAAUCGACAAACCGAAAGGUGAUGCACCCAAUUUUAAUUCCUCUCUUUUUCCUUUUUCUCAGAGACUUCUCCGUUACUUGAGGAGUUUGUUUCUUUAAAUCCAAAGUGGAUGUUGGAUCUAUUCAGUUUUUUGUUUUUAUUCCGGUUCUUACAAAGAGCAAAAAAUCAAUGCAACACAUAUAUAAUAGGUCAUCUUUUGCAUGCAAUUUCUUUUUGAAUGCUUUAAGAUGAUAUGUUUAUUUCUCUGAAUUCUUAAAGAUUUGUGCAAGUUACAUUUUUUUAAACAUUUUUAGUCAUACGUGGCCUCUGGCAUGACUUAUAUUACGAGGUCAUUUCAUUUUGAGAAAUUUUCUGUUGUCUUAGUAUUCUUGUUCUGUGUUUGUUGUUAACACUGAAUGUUCCCCUCCCCGAAUUUGGGUUUUGCACCGUUAAAACUCUGUGAUACAAAAAGUGCAGCAAAAAAACACACACAUGCAUAUAUUUAAAGGUAUACAGUAAAUAUCUAAGUCUUAUAUAUGUAUGAGAAUUUUUUAAGAAUGUAUUUUGAUUAUGGGUAUUGUUUUUCGUUUUGUCCGAGUUGCUUGUAAUAUAUUACGUGGAUAUGGUGUCUACUCUUUGCUAUUGGUUUAAGGGGGAACCGAAGCAUUGAUCUGAAUGCAUGAGGUUCAAUGUUCAGUUUUUCUCUUUAACCUGCACUGUGUCGGUUUAAAUGUUGUGACCGCGUCCGUCCUCCGCGAUCGGACGGAGAAGAGCUUACGAGAUUAUUUUUCUUUGUGUUUGUUCUUUGCUGCUGCUAACAGAAACUGUUUCAGUCCAGUCUCCGCUGUGAAUCCUCUAUUGUGGAUCUUUCGAAACAUUAAAACAUUUACCAUUUGAAUGCAUAUACUGCAAAGACUUUGCAUCUACUUAAUAAAAAAACAUUUGUAUGUCGAA